CUGUCAUCAGACUCAGACUCGGAGGUCACUGACCUGAGCGCGCAAGUUGUCUGCAUGUCUUGUUACAACGUUACGCGCUCGGCGGAACAACUACUAGACGCAUACGAAGACUCUGCUCCAUCUUUCUCAGUUCACCUCUAUCCGGACUAUUGGACGCUCAAUAAUGGACCCAAGUUCCUAUAUAAUAAUCCUGUCGCGUCACUGCUUGACGACAUCCGAGCGCACCGCAUACCGGUCGACUACCUUGAACUUUUCGACACCGCACGCGUGCCAUUCUAUGAUGGUUGCAUGCUCGUAGAGUUACUGGACUAUCGCCCAAAGAGAGCAAAGGACCCACCCCUCGAGAAACCCGAGCGAAGCCGUGUCGCUCUUCACCCAAAUGACGAGACGCUCUGGGCAAAUCUUUGUCUUAUGAACCAACGUUCAGGCAACAAAUUAACAGACCCAGAAGUCCUUGAGCUUGAAGCGCAAAUACUGCUACAAACAGCACCUCCCCUAUGUCUUGACCCAGACCCACAUUUAACCCGUAUCGCGAAUCAUACCCUCAGAGUCUCUACUCCAAGUAUACCCGUCUCCCUGAAGCGCAAAGCUGUUGCUAUUACACCUGAGGAAGAUGAGUCCGACAAGGCUCGUCGGGCCAAGAUCAUGCAGUUCAUGAACCAGAGACCACCUCGGUCUCACGCCCCAAGUUAUCGGAUAUUGGAAACAAUUCGCCAUGUCAAGGAAGUUCGCCUGGCCGUUGGAUUGGAAACUCAGCCUUAUAUGAAAGCCCAGCUGCAGGCACACGCAGCCGCCCAGUCUCAGACUCAAGGUCAAACACCGUCGCAAGGCCAAAAUCAAGCACCUUCCCAAGGCCAAAAUCAAGCACAAGUCCAAAUACCAGCCCCCACGCCAACGCCGCAACCGCAACCCGCUCAAUCACAGCCUACUCCCGUCCCCGCUACUCCCGCAACGGUGCCAACGCCAGCUCCUCAGCCAGUUGCUGACCAGAAACCCAAGACAGUAAAGAAGAAAGCUGAUGCGGCCCAGGCUUUCCAAAUCACUCCCGAAGUCUCACACUCUUCUGCUACCGCUACCCCUGCACCACAUCCCACUGUGAAUCAGCUUCAAUCACAGCUGCAGAACGCUGCGUCCCUCUCACCUCGUGUAGGCCCGCAUUCGCCACUCCCGUCUGCACAGUCGCCCGCGCACCGGUACACACAGUCGCCCCGCCCCCCAUCAUCUCAAGCGCUGCACUCCUCACCUCUCGCAGUUGGCUCACAACUCCCCCCAACACCACACCGCCCUCCACCAGCCUCCCUUCACUUCUUCCCAAACGCACCACCACACGGUUCCCAGCCCAAACCUGCCACGCCCCAGGCAGGCGCAACGCAGCUGGCUCCUGGUCAACAUUUGAUGCAGCAGCAUAGUCAAGCGCAGGCACAAGUGCAUGCGCAAGCUCAAGCCACACAGGCGCAGCUAUUUCAGCGUCAACAGAUGCAACUGCAUCAACAAGUUCAAAUGGCUCAGGCCCAGGCCCAUCAUGCGCAAGCUCAAGCCCAGGCGCAAGCACAAGCUCAGGUGCAAGCCAGUCAAGCUCAAGUCCAGGCACACGUUCAAGCUCAGUUGCAAGCCCAUCAAGCUCAAGCCCAGGCGCAGGCUCAGGCUCAGGCUCAGGCUCAGGCUCAGGCGCAAGCACAACCGCAAGCCCUGCAAGCCGGACGUAUGACACCGCAGAAUUCGCAAUCACGAAGCCCCUUGCCUGGACAUAUCACAGCUCGGAACAGUCCUAUGAUCCAAAACCAAGUCAGAGGCUCGCCCAUGCUCCAAAACCAGGCCAGAAGCUCGCCCAUGCGCAACACCACACCGCUCCCACCCCAAACUACACAAGCUGCACAGCACCCGGGUAUGACGCAGCAGUACAGCUUUCAGCCUGUGCAGUUCAGGCCGGCUGGGCAGGACCAGCAGCAGCACGCGAUGAUGAUGUCGCAAUACCCCCCGGUAUAUGGGUAUCAUAUGGGCUAUGGCAUGCCUGGAGGACGACUGCAGCCGUGGCCAGGGGGGGUUGGACGGGGAAUGCCGAAUCAGGUCCAGGUGAAUGGGCAGGGAGGGGUGGGUGUGCAGCAACAACAGCAGCAGCAGCAGAUGCAAAUGCACAUGCAGAUGGCUGUUGGAAAGCCUACGCAGGGUGCCGGACGGUAGUAUGAUGCUUUGUAUUGUUAUUCGUGUUUUCUAAUGAUGUUGUACCUUUUGUGGGGAUUGCUUGUAAGUAUCUAUGGAAGGCGGACCAAGUAGGCUAGUGUAGAUAAGAUAAGAUCAAUCUGAGAUACUUUUU